UUUGUACUAUAGGAGAGAGAUCAACAGAAGUCUUCUUAUUUGGACUUCAAUUUUCCCAUUGCUUCUAUGUAUGCCUAAAAUAACAACAUUCUAUUAAUUUUUCCCAUUGGUUUCCAUGAAUGCAGAAAAUAACAGCAUUCUACAAUCUCUUCCUGUAAAUUCUGUAAGCCAAGUUGUGGUUUUAGACUGCCAAAAAAAUGGGCGCUUUUUUGCACUUUUGAGAACAAUGGAACAAAAUUAAAGCAAAAGGCAAUUGGAAGAAGUUUUGCUUGCACCCUUAAUUUUUAUUUUCCCCGAAUCUUCGCAGCCAUUGCUUCUCCCGAAAGAGAUGUUCUUGAUGGAAAUCUUUUGACAUUUUGUGACUGGCAUUAUAGCACUAAUGCAUUUAUUCUUUUGUGAUUGAGCAUUGGCAUGUGGUCUUAGCAAAGCAAAUAUAUUAUAGAUGAAUUACUUAUAUUUCAUAUUUCAAUUUUAAUGUCUUUUGUUCUUGAAAUAGGGUUUUGAGUUUUAUGGAAACUUUGUGGUGAUAUUUGAAAAAGGAAGCCUGCAUCGGUCUUUCCUGCAAGAUGUUUUCAUUGCCUGAGGUUCAUAAGAGACAAAACAAUGGUUCAUAAAGUUUUUUUGGUCAUUAUCAGCAUCUGUGUGGGUUCGGCCUUUGGCAUUUUGAUAGCUGUUCUAGCGUUUUUUGGCAUGAGAUGGUACAAGAAGCAUGCUCAAUUUUUGUGUUGUACAAAUGAACAAGUUGUUGCCACUCAUCCUAUACGCACAGAUAGCUUGGGUACAAGCACUGAUUUUAGUGAUUCACUUUCAAGUUCCAUAGCUGUUAAGGGUUCACGAUACUGUCAGAAAAGCUCUCAGCCUUCUCGGCAGAGUCAUCACAGCAAUGACCACUUUCUUUCUGCAUCAGGCAUACCUAGAUAUUCUUACAAGGAUAUUCAGAAAGCUACACAAAAUUUCACUACUAUACUAGGACAAGGAUCUUUUGGCCAAGUAUAUAAAGCUUCAAUGCCCACAGGAGGAGUAGCAGCUGUAAAGGUGCUCGCUUCUAAUUCAAAUCAGGGAGAGAAAGAAUUCCAAACAGAGGUGUGUCUGUUGGGAAGGUUGCAUCAUAGGAAUCUUGUGAAUUUGAUUGGAUAUUGUGUAGAUAAGGGACAACACAUGCUAAUUUACGAGUUUAUGAGUAAUGGGAGCUUGGAAAACCAUAUAUACGGUGAAGACAUGGUUCUGAGUUGGGAAGACAGGUUUCAAAUUGUUCUUGAUAUAUCACAUGGAAUCGAGUAUCUUCAUGAAGGGGCAGUUCCUCCUGUUAUACAUCGAGAUUUAAAGUCCGCUAAUAUAUUGUUAGAUCACUCUAUGAGGGCUAAGGUUGCAGAUUUUGGGUUGUCGAAGGAAGAGGUCUUCGAUGGCCGAAACUCAGGUCUAAAAGGAACAUAUGGAUACAUAGACCCAGCUUACAUUUCUACAAACAAGUCCACAAUGAAGAGUGACAUCUACAGUUUUGGUAUUAUCAUCUUUGAGCUCAUAACAGCCAUACAUCCACACCAAAACUUAAUGGAAUAUGUUAAUCUUGCUUGUAUGAGUCCAAAUGGUGUGGAUGAAAUUCUCGAUAAGCAACUGGUUGGAGCAUGCGAUAUCGAAGAAGUAAGGGCACUAGCUAGGCUUGCUCUUAAGUGCUUGCACAUAACACCUAGAAAAAGACCUUCGAUAGGAGAAGUUACACAAGCUAUACUAAAGAUUAAACAACGGAUGCUUGCUAAAGAAGAUACUAUUUCUUUUGUCGAUAGAGAUUCUUCAUCUCCACGAGUCAUAAGCUGUGUAGAAGAUAAACAAAUCGAGAUGAGCAAGUUGGCUGAAACAAAGGAGAGGUAUGAAGAGGUGUGAUUGAGUUUGAGGUUUUCCGUAUCAUUUUGAUUUAGGGUUUAAGUUUUGACCAUUAGCCUUCCUUGGUGGCAUUUAAAUGUGAAAAAUCCAUACAAACUGUAGUUAGUUACAGAGAAGAGCUCACAGUCAUUCUGCCCA